AUGAAUUUCGAUGCUUGCAUAUUACCACCUUGUAAACGUGAACUCCAACAACUUCUUCGAGCAGCGUACAUUGGACAUAUGUGGAAAAAUUCUUUUUCUCCAGUGCCCAACGAUUCAUUGAAUGUAGAGGAAUUCGGCUGGAAACUGGAAAAUAACAGCUAUUCCUUCCGGUGGUUCGAGGGUGAUGACAUUCCUCCUAAUGUACAGGAAAUUAUUGAAGCCCCAAAAGAAAGCGGCGCUAAUGACGAGGAAGUCAUAUCGAUGUAUCCAAAUGUUGAUGACGAAGAGGAUGACGAAUCGAAUAGCGACGAUGAGAGCGAUUGCCAAUCCGAUAUUGGUUACACAACGGAAGAAGAGUCCGUACAUAGCCGCGAUGAUGAUGAUGAUAAUGAUAAUGGUCGAUAA